UUGUCUCUAGCUGCCUUUCCUCAUCGAUUGAAUCUUUUUUACUUGGCCAAUGAUGUCAUACAGAACUGCAAGAGAAAAAAUGCAAUUGUAUUUCGUGAUACAUUUGCAGAAGUGCUUCCUGAAGCAGCUUCGUUAGUGAAGGAUCCUUCGGUUUCUAAAUCUAUAGAAAGAAUCUUUAAAAUCUGGGAAGACAGAAAUGUAUACCCAGAGGAAACCAUUAUGGCACUAAAAGAAGCUCUAAGUACCACUUUCAAAUCUCAGAAGCAGCUGAAAGAAACUCUGAACAAACAACCGAAUAAGCCGUGGAAGAAAUCUCAAACAUCUACGAACCCAAAAGCUGCUCUGAAGUCCAAGAUUGUUGCUGAAUUCAGACCACAGUCUCUCAUUGAUGAAUUGCUAUUAUAUAAGCGCUCAGAAGACCAGAUAGAACUGAAAGAGAAGCAGCUUUCCACUAUGAGAGUGGAUGUAUGCAGCACUGAAACACUUAAAUGCUUAAAAGACAAAACAGGAGGAAAGAAGUUCUCCAAGGAGUUUGAAGAAGCAAGCUCAAAGCUGGAAGAAUUUGUAAAUGGUUUAGACAAGCAAGUGAAAAAUGGUCCCUCGCUAACCGAAGCUCUGGAGAAUGCUGGUAUAUUUUAUGAAGCGCAGUAUAAGGAAGUCAAGGUGGUAGCAAAUGCUUAUAAAACAUUUGCUAAUAGAGUGAGCAAUCUAAAGAAAAAGCUGGAUCAAUUGAAAGCAACACUUCCUGAUCCAGAAGAGUCUCCUGUCCCUUCUCCAAGUAUGGAUGCCCCAUCUCCAACAGGCUCCGAGUCCCCUUUUCAGGGAAUGGGCGAGGAGGAUAGCUCACGGUCUCCAGUUGUUGGAAGCCGCAAGACGAUAUCUCCAGAGCCUGUGACAGAUAAUCGGGAUGUGGAGGACAUGGAACUCUCGGAUGUGGAAGAUGAUACAUCCAAAAUUAUUGUGGAAGAGAGGAAGGAGAAACAGGCUGCUCCAGCCUCAGCACCUGUGAAGACUGAAAGUGUCCCCAAAGUGGUGCCGUCUACUGCUGUAAUAGGUACAACUUCUGUGACUGUGACAACACCUGCCCAGACUCCUGUCACUCCUCCUGCUCCUAAGGCAGUGAACACGACGCCUGUUCCUCCAUCGCCAGCGCUUGCUUUGCCGAACCUCGCCAACGUUGACCUGGCAAAGAUCAGCUCCAUUCUUAGCAGUUUAACUUCUGUUAUGAAAAAUACAGGUGUCAGUCCUGCAUCAAGACCAUCUCCGGGAACCCCAACAAGCCCAACAACUCUUACUGGUGGCUUGAAGGCUCCUGUCAUGGGGACUCCGUCUGCUCCUUCAAAUCCUUUGGCAAAUAUUCUCUCCAAGGUUGAAAUAACUCCUGAAAGUAUUUUGUCUGCUCUCUCCAAAACCCAGACGCAGACUGCACCAGCAUUGCAAGGUUUGUCAUCCUUGCUUCAGAGCGUUGCUGGAAAUACAGUUCAGUCGAGUGAAACUGCAUCACAGAGCACUUCAGCAUCACCAGCCAACACAACUGUCCCGUGCGUGAAGGGGAGGAAUGUUCCUUCCAAUACUCAGCCCUUUAUAUCUAAAAAUUUUGGUUAUUCUCCAAACUCGUCUACUGCUGAGGUUUCUUCAACUUCAGUUAAUAAGGCUCCUAUUGGACAUACCCCAGGGCUUUCAAGUUCUAGUUUUAAACCACCAACCAAUUCCUUGGGAUUUUCCAGUUCCCAUCCUACCAGCCCUUCUUCCCUUCUACCAACAGAGACGUCAAUGAGUCAAUCCUCUGAAAUUUCAAAGGCAAAGCUGGAAUCGGAACCCCCCUCUCCAAGCCUGGAAAUGAAGAUACACAAUUUCUUGAAGGGAAAUCCUGGCUUCAGUGGUCUAAACUUGAAUAUUCCAAUUUUAAGCAGCUUAGGGUCCAACAUUGCAACGGAAAGUCAUUCGUCUGACUUCCAGCGUGGUCCUACUAGCACUUCUAUGGACAAUGUGGAUGGAACGCCAGUUCGCGAUGAGCGAAGUGGGACGCCCACCCAAGAUGAGAUGAUGGAUAAGCCAACGUCGAGUAAUGUUGACACUAUCUCUUUGCUGUCCAAAAUCAUGAGCCCUGGUUCUUCUACUCCCAGUAGCACAAGAUCACCUCUUCAGAGUAGAGACGAUGGCUAUUCACAAGAACUUUCCAAUUCUGUACACACCUACCGGCCUUUCAGCCUAGGCAGAGAUUCUCCGGCCAGCAUGUAUAAGCCAUCUGCAGAUAGCAUGGAAAUACCCUCAUCUUUAAUGGACUCCUCUCAGGAGAAGUUUUAUCCAGACACGUCUUUUCAGGAGGAUGAAGAUUACCGUGACUUUGAUUACUCUGGGCCACCGCCGUCUGCCAUGUUAAACCUAGAGAAGAAGCCUGCAAAGUCUAUUCUGAAGUCGAGUAAACUGUCCGAAGCUACAGAGUACCAGCCGGUUCUGUCUAGUUACAGUCAAAGAUCACAGGAGUUUAGCGUGAAACCAUCUUUUCCUCAGUCUAUGAGGUCUAUUCUUGAUCAGAGUGAGAGCUGCGACCCGCUGUCGUCAUCUCCAGGGAUGUAUGGAAGUUAUGGCCUCAGGGGAAAUGACUCCACUUCGGAUGGCUCCCCUUCACCUAGUAAGAAUGAUGUUUUUUUCACACCAGACUCCAAUCAUAAUAAUUUAUCCAAAUCUGUGGUGCACUCUGGCUUGUCACAGAAGCAAUAUCCGGACUCGCCCCAUUCAAUCUCCCACAGGUCGCUUUUCUCUUCUCAAAACACUCUCUCCAACCCUGCGAGCAGAGCUCCUACGUCAAGUGUGGAGAAGUCGUUAGGUUCUUCCAUUUCUGCCACGUCAACAAUUGAGUUCAAGAACAUGCUCAAGAACGCAUCUCGUAAGCCCUCUGAGGAAAAGCAUUUUAGCCAGAUUUCUAAAAGCAGCUCAAACGAAGGGGUUAGCUUGUCUAGCCAUAGUCAAACUGGAAUCUCCAAAGGAGAACAGCAGCAGCAAGAGGAGCAUUACCGUAUAGAGACUAGGGUGUCAUCGUCCUGCUUAGACUUGCCUGACAGCACUGAAGAAAAAGGAGCCCCCAUAGAAACACUGGGUUAUCAUAACGCGUCUAGCCGGGGAAUGUCAGGAGAGCCGAUUCAGACCGUAGAGUCCAUAAGAGUUCUUGGGAAAGGAAAUAGAGGACACGGGCGAGAGGCGAGCAGAGCAGGGUGGUUUGAGAUAAGCAAUACAGGUAGCGCUUUUGAUAACGGGCCCUCGAGUGCCUCUGAGCUGCCCAGCAUGGGCAGCGGCAGUGGGAUUGCCAGCUUCCAAGCGCAGUACAAGGAGCACGUGCCGCCAUUUCAGGAGAGCGUAAACAAUUUCAGAACCAAUAAUUUCAGCCCUGCUUUCGAACAUCACAUACCACCUCCUAUCGCACCUCCUCCCAUAGAGCACGGGACUCCUUUUCAGAGGGAUCAAGUCGGUGCGCCCUCCGGGCCCCCAUCCGCUCCGCCCAAGGAUCACGGAAGCCUUUUCCCUAGGGAUCACUCAGUUCCUCCACAUAUGCCAUCCGUGGAUCACACUAACCCUUUCUCAAAAGAAACAUCCUCUCCACUCUCGCUGCCGCACGGCGUGCCCCCUCCUCCUGCCGUGGAACACAGCGGGGUCCCGGUGGAACACGGCGGCGGCGGCACCUUUUCCAAGGAGCACGGUACUCUUCAUCAAGGGACGAUAAAAGAGCAUUUUAACGUGCAUUCGGGACCAAGGGACCACGUGGCCCAGGCGCAGCGGGACCACAGCGGUCCGCCUCUUGGUCGCGUUCGCGAAAGCGUAGGCCUCACCUCCCUCCCGAGGGAUCAGCUCGGGCCGUCCCGUAGCGUGACUCCCAUUGGCCCUGCUCACAGAGACAAUGUCAACCGAAGCGGCAUGAUAAUUAGGAACCCACGACCAGACUUUAGGCCUAGGGAACCUUUUAUAAACAGAGACCCGUUUCACAUUAAAAAGGCCUCGGCCACCUUUCGGAAGGGGCUCUCCAUUCUUUGCACCAAAACGCCCGUUCUUCCCUCCCAGGUACUGAAGCAGACACACAUCUCGUUCAGUGAAGGUAUUUGGACGUUCUAGAGAGCAGUGGAGUAGCGCUUUCACUUGGGGUUUUUUGGUUGGGUUUUUUUGUUCUUGCCUUCCCCCCCCCCCCCCAAAAGAGCCCCCUAACGUUUUUCUAAAUUAAAUGUUCUGUACUUUUUGGUUGUUUAUCUUCUAAGCCACCCACUUGGCGUAAGGACUAGGGGAAAAAAAAAAAGUUUUAACGAAAUUUCCGGAGUGUUGCUGUUGAAAUAAAACUUCCAGUAGUAGUUUAAAAAAAGAAAAAAGGAGGAAAAAAAAAGAUGAAAUGCGCGAUGUUGGGAUGUUAUUUUAGCUGAUAACCAAAUUGCUUUGCCUCAUGAGUCCUUUGAACCCAUGAUAGAUUAAAAAAGGAAAAAAAAAAAAAACGAAGGUGGGGGAAGGAACUCUGCUACUAUUAAGGAAGAAUAAAGGGUCCAAGCAUUUUCUAUGGUGAUAGAAAUAUUAACCCUUCCUGUGCCUUUCUGUUUGGAUUAACCAGUCACUUCCUUCACUGACAUCUGCACAGUUUGUCUCUUCCUGCGACGCCGUGGGCAUGUCCACGUUGCUUAGCUUUUUCCAGCUUGCUGAUACAGGACUGAUAGGAGAGGGGGAGGGCAGGCCGCUGAUGUUCGAUUCUUCAUCGCUUCUGACCGCUUCUGUCUGUCCAAAAAAAAAAAAAAAAAAGGCAAAAAAAGGGCAAAAAAAACCAAAAAAGAAAUCUCUGCUCUUCAUGGCUGACGGUGUACAGUUUUCACCCCCAGGAACCUUGAACUUUUCUGUUUGGUUUCAGAAAACAGUCUGUAGCGCGUGCGCACUCCCUAGCUCCAGCUCAGUUUUCUGCCUCAAAAGACGAGCGAAUUAUUAACCAGCUUUUGGGUAUAAACAAAUGGAUGCGAGGAGGUGGGUAACGGCGCAACCCAGCUUGUUCUCGGACGCAUGUUUCUUAUAUGAACACGUAUUUGAAAUGUGUGUCAGUCUCGCGGUGUACCGCUCGCAGCAGUUUUCUCUUUCUUGUCUCUUUACCGUUGAGCUUAACCAUUUGGUGGGGUGGUGAAAUCUGUUGUCUGUUUUUACCUGGGAACACUGUUGACUUUAUAUAUGUGUAUAUAUAUAAUCACUUUUUAAUUACAUCUUUCUGAUUGUUUAAAACUCGCAGACUCUGUAAGAUGAGAGAGAGAACCUGCAUGCAGGGAAAUGGAAAUGAUGCCUAGAUUCCUCCUCCUCCUUGUGUGCUUUCCUAACGACAUCUCUGCAGCCGUGUGCAUAGGGGACUUUUAUAUGAAGUUGGAAUUUUACUUGAUUUUUUUUUUUUUUUAGUUAGUAGAAUACAUCAUAUAUGUUUGAUAAAGGUGUAGGGUAAAUAUCUAUAUAAAAAUUACAAAAUGAGAAAAUGGCAGAUGAUUUCUUUGUUGUGUGUGCUUGGGCUGUGUUUUAUUUAAUAUAUAUGACGUAUGGUAUUUGUAUACACGAGGAAGUGAUUGAAGGUUGUGAGGGUAAAUUUUACCGAUUUCUUUUUCUCCCCCUCCACCCCUCGCGCUUGCUGCCCUGGGUUUGCAGACAGUGUCCCCGUCGGUCGCGUUGCAGCCUCCAGCAGGUGUCAGUGCCGGUUCUCCGGCCGGCAGCGGAGCGCGCGGGGCCGCGCAGCGAUGCUGGUGGCGGCAGCAUAGACUGUGUCAGGCAAGGGAGCUUUCCUGCAAUAUUGUGCAAUUUGCAUGUAAGACUCAUGCAAACAACAUUUGAAUGACUUCCUGGUGCAUAUAAGUGCAUCCGUUGCUCCCCCCUCCCCUCCUGUUCCUUACAGAUAGAGCAGCUCCUUUCGGUGAACCUGCAAUUCGGUUCGCAUAAAGGCAGUUCUCUUACGCUAAGCACCGUUGAGAGUAGCUGGGUUACUUAAGCAAAAUGCUCAUGAAAUCGAUGCCAAGCGUGGAAGAAAAAGCGAGCAGAGGCUGUUCCGAGGCGCGAGGCUUCGCGGGCUCCGUGCUCGGCCCGCGCCGCGGCGCCCCGUUCCCCGCGCGGCGGUGCGCCGGCCGGCCCGCCCCAGGUGCGAGACCGCUUAGGCCAGUUUUCAUUUCUCUGUAUCCCCGAAGGCUGAAACGCCUGGCUUCUACCGAGGCGGAUGUUUAUUCGUGUCUGAUGUUAGAGGUCAGUCUUUAGCCAGAAAACCCAAAACAUUUAAUCGGCUUUUACGUGCGUUGGAAAACGUCGCGUGGCUUUAGCCUGGCUCCUUUGCUCUCGCUGGAACGGUGUAAGGAGGCUUUUGCUGGCCUCAAACGUGAAACUCCGGCGUCCCGUUUCGCUUAGUUGCUCUUCUGCCGCUGACUGUUUCGGAGAACUGAUGAUUCGAGGAUGACGUGUUGGAGGGAGCAGAGGGGGUGAAGGACACAGGAGGUUCCCGUGCAAGAAGGGAACCGAUAUCGACUAAACCCAGAUUUUUUCCCUCUAGAUAAAAGAAUGUGAAUGAUAAUUUCUGCUGCUCUUGCUGAAAGUGAUGAUUUCAAAGUAAAUAAAUAUUAAAAUAGGAUGGUAUGUCGCCAUCUAAGAACUACUGCUCUCCAAAUGCCAUCUGACGCAUGGGGAGCCGCUUCCUUGCUCUCAGAGGUGGCUUUUGAGGUGACUUGAAAAGUAAAAGGACUUUACAAUAAAGGAAACCCUACUGUAA